AGUACAUGUAUAUUUUUAUUUUUUAUUUUUGUUGAACCCAGAUAUACUAUUUGUAUACAUUAUUUGGAUAUGUUAUAUUUUUUGUUUCAGCUCAUUAUUAUUCUUUUCCACCGGUGACACACACGAACACACACAUUGUUCUUUCUCUCCGGUAACAACCCAAAUCGGAGAUGGGUGUUGAUUACUAUAAAGUCCUUCAGGUAGAUCGUAAUGCCAAAGAUGAUGAUCUCAAAAAAGCUUAUCGCAAACUUGCCAUGAAAUGGCACCCUGAUAAGAACCCUAAUAACAAAAAAGAUGCUGAAGCCAAAUUCAAGCAAAUCUCAGAAGCUUAUGAUGUUUUGAGUGAUCCACAAAAGAGAGCUGUGUAUGAUCAAUAUGGUGAGGAGGGAUUGAAGGGGCAGGUGCCUCCGCAAGGUGCGGGUGGAUUUUCUGAUGCCAGCGAUGGGCCGACGAUGUUCCGGUUCAAUCCGAGAAGUGCGGAUGACAUAUUUUCGGAGUUCUUCGGGUUUCAAAGACCCUUUGGUGGUGGAAUGGGUGGUCAUCCUGGUGCUUCUGGCUUUCCGAGCGGAAUGUUUAGGGAUGACCUUUUCUCUUCGUUUCGGAAUGCGGCUGGUGAAGGAUCCGGCAAUGCGCCGAGGAAAAGUGCACCGAUUGAGAGAACAUUGCCAUGCAGUUUGGAGGAUUUGUAUAAAGGGACCACCAAAAAAAUGAAGAUUUCCAGGGAUGUUUCUGAUUCUAGUGGGAGGCCUACCACAGUCGAGGAAAUUCUAACCAUUGAGAUCAAGCCAGGUUGGAAGAAAGGAACAAAAAUAACCUUUCCAGAGAAGGGAAAUGAACAAAGAGGACUUAUACCUGCAGACCUUGUUUUUAUUAUCGACGAGAAGCCUCAUAGCCUCUUCAAGAGGGAUGGCAAUGAUCUUGUUGUUACUCAAAAGAUCUCUCUUGUAGAAGCUCUGACAGGUUACACAGCGCAAAUAGCAACCCUUGACGGGAGGAAUCUUACGGUCCCCGUCAACACCAUCAUUAGUCCAUCGUAUGAAGAAGUUGUUAAAGGAGAGGGUAUGCCGAUUCCUAAGGAACCUUCCAAAAGGGGAAACUUGAGAAUCAAGUUCAACGUUAAGUUUCCAUCUAGACUUACAUCAGAGCAGAAGACUGGCAUCAAGCGAUUAUUGACAUCUUCAUAGACACCGAUGGUUUUUCUCCCUACCAUAUAUGAAACCGUGAUCGAUUGGAAUUUAAUUUUAUUUGCGGUUUUCAAUCAAUUGGAAAUUCGUGGCGUUUGUGAACUAUUUUUCAACUAGGAACAGUUUAUUAGAAGUUUGUUAUUUGUUUGUUGUUUCAUAUGUUAUUUAGUUUCUGGUCUUCUGAGUGAAUAAUUCUCUUAAUCACCUGGCUUACUUGUGGCUUACUUGUUUAUGUGAAAAGUUUUGGUGGGAUUCAA